AUGCUUCACCGCCUUGCACUGCUAUCGGCCCUCGCGUCGGCGGCCAAAUUCUCGUUCACCAACAAGUGCAGCUACCCCAUCAACCUCCACGGCGGCGGCUCGGUGCACAUUUGCGACAUUGCACCAGGCGCGACGACCGACUGCGGCGUGCGUCUCGAGGCAGGUCAGCACGGACUCUUUAAGCACACGGCGACAGACGAAGCCAACUUGGUCGAGUACUCGCUUGUGAACGCACCGGGCUUCCACUUCGUAUGGUAUGACGUUAGCAACAUCCCGCCAGGCCCGGGCUUUUGCAAGAGCUACGAGGACUGCAAGGCCAAGACAGGCGGCAAGUCGGGCUACAACGUCCCAUUGACCGUCACGCCCACCAAGCACCAGAACCGCGGCACAUGCAAGGAGCUCGUCGACCUCUCUCCAACCGCGCCCGACACGUAUCUCUUUCCCGAAGACAACACCAAGACGCACGCGUGCCCAAUGGACGAAGCCUUUCUCGUCACCUUUUGCCCCCACGGUGGUGACGGUGCGGUGGCGGGAUGCGGCGGCGUCGAGACCAACCGCGACUACUUUGGCAACGACAUCGGCCACUCGCUUGUCUCGGGCGACGAGGCGGCGCAGGCGGCUGCGUGCUGCGCGUCGUGCAGCGCCACGCAAGGUUGCGUCGGGUACACGGUCAACCAAGGCACGUGCUGGCUUAAGUCGUCCAUGAGCAAUUCGUCGUAUAGCGCGACAGCCUUUUCAUCCCGUCGAAAGAGCCACCUGCGCCGCUAA